AUGUCUGGUGAGGACGAUACACAAGAUCGACUACAAAAGAUUAAAGAAUAUCUUGAGGCAGCGUCCGCAUCACACUCUUCCAGAACUAUCACUGAUAAUCCACUCUUUCAGCAUCAUUAUCAACGUGCAGAGUCUGUUAAAGAGCCAUUAUCGUUUGACAACGAAUCUGAUUCUGAUGAUUCAGUUCGAUCCUAUAAAACAAUGGCCCAACAAAGGACGUUGAAAGAGUUGGCAGCGCCAGAUCUUGACCAACAACUGCUUUGCAUCCAAUAUCCACCUUUGGAUGUUAACUGUGAGUUGAAGUCAGGCCUCAUCCACUUAUUGCCUUCUUUCCAUGGGCCACCUGGUGAGGACCCAAAUAAAUAUUUGAAGGAGUUUCAUAUUGAUGCAGCUAAAGAGUGGUUGUACUAUCUUCCACCUGGUACUAUUGAAACAUGGAAUGGUAUGAAGACUAUGUUCCUGGAACGAUAUUUUCCAGCAUCUAAAGUUGGAAGCAUCACGAAAGAGAUAUGUGGUAUAAGGAAAUAUACAGGAGAGUCUUUGUAUGAAUAUUGGGAGAGAUUUAAGCGGUUGUGUGCUAGUUGCCCUCAUUAUCAAGUAAGUGAACAACUCCUCAUUCAGUACUUUUAUGAAGGAUUACAAUCACUGGAUAUGAGUAUGAUUGAUGCAGCAAGUGGGGGUACACUAGUUGAUAAGAUUCCUACUACAGCCAGAAGCUUGAUUUCUAAUAUGGUUGCUAACUCACAACAGUUUGGCAUUCGCCAAGAUCCUACUCUACCACCCAAAUCAGAUAAUGAAGUGAGCACCUCUAAUGCUAAUCAUCUUGGUAAACAAUUAGCCCAAUUAACUGCAGUGGUACAACAACUUGCUUUAGGCCAACAGAUGUACUAUGAACCAUUUUCACAAACUUAUAAUCCUGGUUGGUGUGAUCAUCCAAAUUUUCAUUAUGGGAAUCAACAACAAGUUGCUCCACAAUCUACAUCUGUGAGACCACCUGGUUUCACUUUGCAACAGUGGUCUCAACAUAAUUUUAUACCUAGACCAUCACAAGCACCGCAAGUUGCUCCACCACCAAGUGCCAAACCCUCUACUGAGGAUUUAAUCAAUGCAAUUGCUACAAAUACUCUUCAGUUUCAGCAAACCAUCCAAGCUUCCAUAAAAAGUUUGGAGAAUCAGGUGGGACAAUUAGCAGCAUCAUAUAAUAGGUUGGAAGCUGAUCUGUCUAAUAAAUUGCCUUAA